AUGUCUCCAGAGGAUGAACUCCAGAGUCCCCCCCUUGGUUUCAGCUCUGAUCUCGCUCUGAGUCGUGGUGAUCUCGACAGCAGUCAUGAUCCGGGGAGAAGGACCAGAGCGCGCAGCAGCCUCCCAACAAGAACCCCAGAGUCUGAGAUCCACAGCCAUGGAGCCGACGGGAAGAGCCCUUUCCUGAAAAUCCUGGUGGAUGCAGAAGCAGCUGCCACCUCUGCAGCCAUACAGCUCGUGUCUUUUAAAGAUGCCAUGGAGGAUGAAUUUGCUGAUUGGAGACAGCCUGCGAAAGAUAAGCGCCGAGUUGCAAGACAGAGAGGGCUGUUGCUGGAGAAGUUGGAGGAUUUCAGAAGAAUAAAUAAGUCAGUGCGACAGAAACUGAAACAGCUCCAGGAUGCAGAGGCUGAUCGAAUUGAUGCAGACCAACAGAUUGACAUCUUACUGAAGAGGAUCACGCAGGCUGAAAGUGAAAAUGAGCAUUUAAAAACCGAUCUGAGUGAAGCUGAGAGAAAAGCCAAGGAGCUGAUGGAUCUCCGGAGAGAUGAGCAGGAGAACAUGAAAAGUGCAGUUCACUCAUCCAAGGCUGUGGAGGAAACUCGUGCUCACCUGCAGGGGCAGCUCCGCAACAAGGAAGCAGAAAACAACCGUCUGACUGUACAGCUACGGACUUUGGAGAGAACCCUGACGGAGCAAAAGAUGGAGAUCGAUGACCUGAAAGCGUCCAUCAGCUCUCUGACUGAGAAGGCAGCUCAGGACAAGGACUCUCUGAAGAAAGCCACCCGAGCUCAGAAGCUGAGAGCCGAGAGAUUUGAAGCAGCUAUUGAGAAAUGCUACACGCAGCUGAGGGAGAAGGACGCUCAGCUGGCCAAAGCCCACUCAGAAAGAGAGUCCAGGAGGCGGCACAAGGAGCAGAUGACGGAUGAGAAAGACAAACUUGUUGCUCAUGUAGAGCUGUUGGAGAGUCAAAUUGCAGACCUGACAGCCAGGCUGCAGAAGCAGAGGGAUGAGCUGACUGCGGCGAAUGAAACUGUGAUGCAACGGGUUGAAAAACUCAGCGCUGACAACGGAGACCUCAGCGUCAAUAAUGCAACGCUCCAGGCCUCCGUUGCUCAGUUGGAGCAGCAGCUUGCUGAUUAUGAGUCGGCCCUCGUGGAGGAGAAGAUUGUCUCUCAGGAGAAGAAACAUGAAGCUGAACGGUGCCAGUAUCAGGUUGCAGAGCUUCAAGCUGAGAUUGAUGAUUUAAGGAUAAAAUAUGCAAACCUUGUAAGAGAAACAGAGAAGGCACAAAAUGGAAAAGAGACAGAAGUUGAGAAGGUGAGGCAGGAGCUGCAGGGCCGUGUGGACCAGCUGAAGGCUUAUCCUGAGCUACUGAGUGCAGCUGAGCAGAGUCUCUUCGAGUGCCAGGAGAAGCUGCAACGCUCGGAGCGGAAGUGCGCCGAGAAGUCAGAGUCCGUUAGACAACUGCAGGUUAAGAUGGAUAGUCAAACCCAAAUGCUGAGAUCGUCUGUGGAGAUGAAAGAGUCCAUUCACGAGACCAACGUACAGCUGCAAGAAAACAUCAGCUCUCUCCAAAAAAGGAUGGAGAAGCUGCAGCAGGAGAACCUGGAGCUUGUGCGGAGGCUGGCGGCUCAGGAGGAGGCUCUCAGCUACAGCAACCGGCAGCUGGACCAGCGUUCGUCAGAGUGUCAGGCCCUGAGCCGGCAGCUGGAGGCAGCGCUGUCGGAUGUCAGACAACAGGUCAGUAAGGUCAAAGACCAGGCUGUUUCCAGAGAAGAGGCGCUUCAGACAAAAGUCCUGGAGCUGGAGGCCGAGAACAGCAGAAGAGAAACCGAGCUGAGGCUUCUUCGCCAGAGCAAGCAAACCGCGGAGAAACGCUUCGAGGUGCUGACCCGGCUGCGGCACUACCUCUGUGACAAGAUUAAAGCGGACCGCCACCUGGACUACCUCCGUUCCCGCAGGAUCCUGACGCGAGACGACGCUGAGGAGAUCAGCUGCAGGACCACGCAGACCAAGAGGUCGGCCAUGCUGCUGGACAUCCUGGCCGAGAACCCCCGCGGCCUGGACGCCCUCAUCGACUCCAUCCGGCAGAUGCGCACGCAAAACUUCAUCAUCGCCAAGAUCACAGACGAGGUGCAGAAGGCCAAAAACGAGAAGAUCGAGUCUCUCAGAGCAGGCGUCUCCAGUUCCUCAUCCGACUGCACCUUCAGCCCUUCGAGCUCAACCAGCGACUUCCCCACGACGUUUUCCACCAACUCCACCCUCCUCCUCCACCCAGACGGAGAGCGAAGUCCCUCCACGUCAGACGUGGCGGGCUCGCUCAAUCUGCCGUCCAUACAGAAAGGCGGAAACCUGCCCUCCGUGAGCGGCGCCAGCUUCGCCGCAGUGUCCUCCACAACCUCCUCCAGCCUCCCGAAGCCCGGAGACCCCGGAGCGCCCGCGCUGCCGGACGAGGUGAUGGUGGAGUCCCCCUCCAACAUCGACGCCGGGGCGGCGGGCUGCACCAGCAGCGGAGGGGACCCCAAUUUCCAGCCCCUCCGGUCGCGCUCGCUCACGCCGACGUCGCACAGGAGCAUCUUCUAACAAACAGUUAAAGGGACGAAUCCUCAGCUCUUGGUGCUCCUCGUUCCUUAGAUCAGACAGUUUGUGAGAAGUGGCUGCAGGUGGGAUGAGCUACAUGUUACCAGUCAGCUUUGUAAAGGGGAACAUGUUGGGUCGGGUCAUGAUGCAAGGAUGCUGGUGCCAGUUGGUUACAGUAGUUUUGGUGAGAGGCUAAAAUAACUUUGACUAUAUAUAUAUGUGUGUGUGUCUUUUCUACAAAGGUUUAAAAUGUGCAAGAAACUAAAUAAAACAGCUUGAAAAGGAAGAAAUAUCAUGUAAACUGUCUCAUCAGAGGAUCUGUGUGUGUGUGCGUAGCUCUGUGUAGCUUUCAAUACCUGACAGAUUUAUUUAAAGACAAACUGAAUCAUGGUUCGAUUCUCAGUAAGAAAAUGUUACUGACAAUCUGUAAUAUUUCAACUCUUCCUCUGGUAUGAAACGCCUGAUAGACUUCUAUAACUGGAAUGACUGCCUCAGAUCGUGUCCGUGUGUGUUUGAUGAGCCGCUCUGCCUUUGACCAAAUGUUUUCGAUGCAUCAAGUCAAUGAGAUUUGUUUUUUUCACAUUUUUUUGUCACUACAGAAGUCUUGAAUCACAAAGCGUAAUGUGAAAUCCUGCUUGUCUCUUCCUCCGCUGGUCGUGUACGAUGAUCUGUUGUGUAUGAAAGCUUUUAUAUAUAAAUUUAAACCUGUGUUUUUCACUG